ACUCCAACCUUCUAUUUUGAAACAUGUGACGUUUGAGCCUAGUAAGUUGUGCAAUAACUAAAGCACUGCCCAUUUUACUUCUGCAAGUGGUGGAGAUAAGUGGUUUUUAUGUAAAUUAAAAACGCAAGGGGAUCCAGAUGAACCAGUUGAACUCUGAUAAAUAAGUGAAAGGCCUACAAUAUUGGUGAUGUGGUUUUGAGUUGAUGGAAGAGACGAGAUGUUUACCUGGGAAGAGGAGUGGAACAUCUCUUUUGCAGGCUGUGGUUUCAGGAGUAUUUACUACCUGGGAGCUUUGAGCUGUAUCUUACAGCAGGUCCCACAACUGGUUCAUGGAGCCUCUAAAAUCUGUGGAGCUUCAUCUGGUUGUCUCGUGGCUGCAGCUGUGACUGUUGGGAUUCCCAUCCAGCAGUUAUGUGUUGAUGUUUUGACCAUGGCGAAAGAGGCCAGAAAACACACUCUGGGAGUUUUCCACCCUACCUUCAGUCUGCUGCAUAUCGUACGGCACUCCCUGCUGGAGAAGCUUCCAGCAGACGCCCACCUCCGGGCCUCUGGAAAGCUCUGUGUGUCCCUCACCAGACUGGCUGAUGGAAAGAACGUUUUGGUGUCAGAGUUUGACAGCAGAGAGGAGCUCAUUCAGGUUCUCACGUGCAGCUGCUUUUUCCCUGUUUACUGUGGUUUCACCCCACCUUCAUACCGUGGAGUGCACUAUAUGGACGGCGCCCUCAGCAACAACAUGCCCCUGUUCGAGCAGAGAAACACCAUCACUUUUGCACCGUUCUCAGGAGAGAGUGACAUCUGUCCCAGAGAGGGUACAUUCAACUUCUUCGAGGUGCACUACGGCAACGUAAGCAUCCAGGUCAACACAGGAAAUGUGCAUCGGAUCUGUACAUCCUUCCUCCCUCCCAAACCUGAGAAGCUGGCCGAGAUCUGCCACAACGGCUACAUGGAUGCUCUUCAUUUCCUGAGAGAAAGAGAUCUGCUUGGACUCCAGCGUCUUCCCUCCAGUUUUGUGGCAGAGACCUUUAAACCUGCUCCUUAUGAGCUGGUGGAGUCAGAGAAGACAUCGUUGAAUGGGCUGGAUCUGAAAGUCGAAGAGAACCUCCCAGUUAGCUUCAAGAAAGUGCUGUGUGUGGCGUGCAGGGACGAUCAGGAUGGUGGCAAGUUCCUUCCAGUGAAAGUGGUUAUGUAUCUGCUGACCCUCCUAAUGCUGCCCAUCGAGCUGGCUGUCUUACUCACCAAAAGACUUUUGACGUCGACCACAGAUCUCUGCAGGCAGACAUUGUGCAGCAGACACGAAGACUCCAGCAGAGCAGCGCAGCAGCGGCAGGUCCUCUAACUCAGAGAGAAAGGGGCAAUAAUAUCAAACCUUUGACCUCAACUUUUCACUGGGACAACAACUGGACCUCUUUUCCCCCGCCUCGACACAUGCAGGUCCAUCCAAACAUAAAACACCUGCAUGGGGUAAGGUGACUUUAAACCACAGAAUUAAAUAGACUCUUCUUGCACCAUAAACCAGGCAGAAAAAAAGACAGCAGUGACCAGCAAUUUCAACCAAGACUCAAUUUGGAGUUCAAGAGUUGACAAGAAAACCAGUGUUCAUUUCAGUGCAAAGGGUUAUCUGCUAAAUGCAUCAAUUUCUGGUUUUCAUCUAGACUGUAAGAAAACAAGUUUUAAAUAAGUUUACUUAACAAAAUAUGUGGUGUGCCAUACCUUAUACUUUGUAGGAUUGCAAAUACGAUUUUUCUUUGUUACAGUAGGAUUUUCAUAGGAAGUAUUUUUAUUCAUAUGAAAAUCUGAAUGAUUUUUACAUUAUCUUGCUUACAAGUAUGUGACAUCUCAAAUACUUCCAAGUGUAUGGUGGUGUUUUGUUUUUAGUAUAGCAUGGCAGUAACAAGCCCCAAUGUUUGGAGAGUUUUUUUGAGGCAGUGUGUAAAAUGUUUUAAAGUAUGUUGAUUUCUAAUGGACUUGACUUGAAAUUCAAAACUGUGAAUUUUUUUUUUAGAGCUUAUUUAUAGCAAAUACAUCUUUAAUUCAAAGGCUUUUAAAGAUAUGUAAAAGUUAGCUAGUUUGGUCAUGAGAUAAGAUGUUGUCGUUAUGUCUAACAUUGUCAGAUAUGUUCAUUUACCUCUGCUGACGCAUCUUGGUGCAAACCAUGUUAGUGUUGCAUGUCAGCCCUUCUCUUUUACAUUGGGCUCCACUUUUAACUGUUGUCAUUUCUUAUGUAAAGGCUGGUAAAUAAUGAUUAUUUUCAUUUGA